UGGGGGUGAUGGGGAAUGUGUCUCAUUCUCAUUUUAUAGAUGCAGCUUAAGGGUCACAUAGAGGAGGCUUGCAGCAGAAGGAGGACCUGUGGAUGCACAGGCUCUCCCAUCAGGGGGAGGCUGCUGAUGGUGGUGCAACGGACAUGGGUUCCCAUUUUAGCCCCUCACCUGCUGACCUUGUGGCCCUAGGGAAUACAUUUCAGCUCUAGGAUGAUAACAGUGGUAUUGCCAGCCUAUGGUACUGAUAACCCAGAGCACUAACUAGUUACCAGUCAGUAUUCCAAGGACUUCACCCCUUGUUAACCUUUGAUCUUCAACACAGUGGUAGGUGCUGUCAUCAUUCGCAUUUCAGUCAUAGGGCAGUUUCUGUGACAUGGUCAUGGUCAUUAGGCUAGUAACUAGCAGUGCAGGGAUUUGAACCCAGGGCAUCUGGCUCCAAUCUAGACUGUUAACUGAGCUACUAGCUGUCUCAUCUGGGGCUGCUGUGAGGACUGACAGUGACAAGGCAGUGAGAGCUGCCAGCUGUUGCUGCUGUCACCAUCAUUAACCCCCAGCAAGGCCAGUUGCCCAGAGACUCCUCUCUUUGGUCACUCUUUCGUGACCUUUGCUUCCACGGGUCCUCUUUUCCUUUUUUCCACAGGGGAUCAAGCUUGAAGAGCAGAAGCCAGGACCCCAGAAGAACAAGGAUGACUAUAUCCCAUAUCCCAGCAUUGAUGAGGUUGUGGAGAAGGGCGGCCCAUACCCUCUGAUCAUCCUGCCCCAGUUUGGGGGCUAUUGGAUUGAGGACCCGGAGAAUGUGGGCACACCAACGUCACUGGGCAGCAGCAUCUGUGAAGAGGAGGAAGAGGACAACCUCAGCCCCAACACAUUCGGCUACAAGCUCGAGUGCAAGGGCGAAGCCAGGGCCUACCGCAGGCAUUUCCUAGGGAAGGAUCAUCUGAACUUCUACUGUACCGGCAGCAGCCUCGGGAACUUGAUUCUGUCCAUCAAGUGUGAGGAAGUGGAAGGGAUUGAGUACCUCCGGAUUAUUCUCAGGUCCAAACUGAAGACAGUGCAUGAGCGGAUCCCCUUGGCUGGACUGAGCAAAUUGCCCAGUGUUCCUCAGAUUGCAAAGGCUUUCUGUGAUGAUGCAGUGGGACUGAAAUUCAACCCUGUCCUGUACCCCAAGGCCUCCCAAAUGAUUGUGUCUUAUGAUGAACAUGAUGUCAACAAUACAUUCAAAUUUGGAGUCAUUUAUCAAAAAGCCAGACAGACCCUGGAGGAGGAACUAUUUGGGAACAAUGAAGAGAGUCCUGCUUUCAAGGAGUUCUUGGAUCUGCUAGGGGACACAAUCACGCUGCAGGACUUUAAAGGUUUCCGAGGAGGCCUGGAUGUGACCCACGGACAGACAGGGGUGGAGUCAGUGUACACAACCUUCCGGGACCGGGAGAUCAUGUUUCACGUCUCCACAAAGCUGCCAUUCACCGAGGGUGAUGCCCAACAGCUCCAGAGAAAGAGACACAUUGGGAACGACAUUGUGGCCAUCAUCUUCCAAGAAGAAAAUACACCAUUCGUCCCAGAUAUGAUUGCCUCCAAUUUCUUACAUGCCUACAUUGUUGUGCAGGUCGAGAGCCCAGGCACAGAGACCCCAUCUUACAAGGUCUCCGUCACUGCACGGGAAGAUGUGCCUGCCUUUGGCCCACCUUUGCCCAGCCCCCCUGUUUUCCAGAAGGGCCCAGAGUUCAGAGAGUUCCUGCUCACCAAGCUCACGAAUGCCGAGAAUGCUUGCUGCAAGUCGGACAAAUUUGCCAAGUUGGAGGACCGGACAAGGGCCGCCCUCCUGGACAACCUUCAUGAUGAACUCCAUGCUCACACACAGGCCAUGCUAGGACUGGGUCCAGAGGAGGACAAGUUUGAGAAUGGAGGCCAUGGAGGAUUCCUGGAGUCUUUUAAGGUAUGGAAACGGGGGUAUCUGGGGGUUGCUAUGACAGGGAGAGGUGAGGCAAAGAAAGGAAGUGAUCUAAACCUAUGGAGAUUUUAG